UCCACUGUUAUCGUCUACUGCAAGAAUGGGACUUAUACCUAACUUCCUCAAGUGCUGUAACAGGAAAGCCAGUAAGGACCUGGUGGAUUCACAAGUGCAAAAUACCGAUGAAAACACGGAACGUGGAAAUUGGUCCAGCAAGUCGGAGUACCUCCUGUCUAUGGUGGGCUAUGCUGUUGGUUUAGGAAACGUGUGGAGAUUCCCUUACCUUACCUUUCAACAUGGAGGAGGUGCAUUUCUUAUCCCAUACACUAUCAUGCUGGCUCUUGCUGGGUUACCCUUAUUCUUUUUGGAAUGUUCUCUUGGACAAUUUGCCAGUUUGGGACCGGUGGCCGUGUGGAGGGUGCUCCCAAUAUUUGAAGGAGUGGGAGUUACCAUGGUCCUGAUUUCAACGUUGGUCACUAUAUAUUACAAUGUCAUCAUCGCCUACAGUCUCUAUUAUUUAUUCGCUUCCUUUACAAGUGUGUUACCAUGGUCUGACUGUUUCGAGUGGUCUGACAGCAAAUGCAGCAAAACACCCAAAGGAUUCUGCAACGUGACUCUACAGCCGAAUAUCUUUGAAACAAUGAAUCUCACAUGGGUCAAGGAGAACAAUUAUACAUGUGUGGAAAACUCUACUGAAUAUUUGGACACCGAACUUCCCAGCAAACAAUAUUGGGAAAAAGUGGCACUUCGUCAAUCAGGUGGGCUCCAUGAGACGGGGGAUGUUGUUUGGUACCUGGCUCUCUGCCUCCUCUUAUCUUGGAUUAUAAUUGGUGCCGCUUUGUUUAAAGGCAUAAAGUCUUCCGGAAAGGUGGUAUACUUCACGGCCAUAUUCCCAUACGUGGUUCUGCUGAUUCUCCUGAUAAGAGGAGUCACCCUGGAAGGGGCCUAUGAAGGGAUCAAUUAUUAUAUUGGAACACAGUCAGACAUUUCAAAACUUUCCAAUGCAGAAGUUUGGAAAGAUGCUGCCACGCAGAUUUUCUUCUCCCUGUCCACAGCAUGGGGUGGACUAGUUGCACUUUCUUCUUACAACAAGUUUCACAAUAACUGCUAUGGGGACGCCAUCAUGGUGUGCAUCACCAACUGCCUCACCAGUGUGUUUGCUGGCUUUGCCAUCUUCUCUAUAUUAGGACAUAUGGCGUUUAAAGCUGAGAAAGAAGUAAAGGAUGUAGUAGACUCAGGAUUUGCACUUGCAUUCAUUGCAUACCCAGAAGCUCUGUCUCAGUUACCUGUAGCUCCACUAUGGUCCAUUCUGUUCUUCUUCAUGCUGUUAACCUUAGGGCUCGAUUCCCAGUUUGCCUCAGUGGAAACUAUAACCACCACCAUACAUGAUGCGUACCCAAAAGUGAUGAAGAAAAUGAGGGGAGUUAUGACCGUCGGAGCCUGUAUUGUAUUUUUCUUGCUAGGAAUUGUGUGCGUGACUCAGGCAGGAAUAUUCUGGGUGGACCUGAUCGAUUAUUUCACUGCUGGCUGGGGAAUCCUUAUUGCUGCCAUUCUAGAAUUAAUAGGAAUCGCCUGGAUUUAUGGUGGUAACCGCUUCAUUGAAGAUAUUGAAAUGAUGAUUGGAAAGAAAAGCUUCAUGUUCUGGCUCUGGUGGAGAAUGUGCUGGUUCUGUAUCACUCCUCUUCUGUUAACAGCCAUUCUGAUCUGGUCCUUGGUCACAUUCUCUUCUCCAACACAUGGUGACAUUGAAUACCCCCCCUGGGGAGUUGCCCUGGGUUGGUGCAUGAUCAUUUUCUGCAUUAUCUGGAUCCCCAUACUGGCUGUAAUAAAGAUGUGUAAAGGUGAAGGAACACUUUGGCAACGAUUUCGAACUAUUUGCUCUCCAACACCAGAAUGGGGACCUGCUUUGGAACAGCAUCGCAUCGGAAGAUACAAAAAUACUGGCGAUUUCCCCAAAGUUUCCAACGGUCUAGAGAUCCCCACAAUUGAAGGAGGCCUUGGAGGCUACGACAACAAAGCAUUUUCAUAGGAAAAAAAACACUCCAAAACUAAAGCAUUGUCUGAACAGUGGACUAAAGGACAACUAGAGUUUUUAAAAUAUAUAUAUAUAUAUAUAAAUUUUGACCAUGUCAUCAGAGAGAAACCUUUCAUACAUACAAGACAUUUUCUCUAACAUUUUCUAGAAUUUUCUUUUUUUUUAAUUAUGAUAUUUUGUUUGUUUUUUCACUAUUUAAAAAUCUCAAGCUUUUUGUGAUGUGCCCUUCACAUUCCAUAUAAUUGUGGGCCUUUAAGAAGUCUACCAUCUAGGAAAAGUUUCUCAGACAAAAACCAUCUUUGGGACUAAACAGGUGCCAACGGUGCAUUUCUGUCUAUGAAGAACUGUUCAGCAUCACAGUUUUUUGGAAGAGCAGACCUACUCUACUGUUUUGACAUUGGGACAGAAAUUUUAAACUGGAAUAGUAAUGUUUACUUAGUACAGUAUUCUUGUUAUGCCAUGAAGGGAAUUUGUUAAAAACUGCCAUUGUACAUACUGAUCUUAAAGGGAACCUGCCAUCACUUUCAUGCUGCCUGAACCACUAGUCAUCCGGGCAGUCAUAGGUGGCUUCUAUCUGCCCCUUGCACCUUGAUUGAUAGAUCUCUCACUAUACCCAAACUGGAUGAGAUUGAUCAAGGCUGAUGGGGAAGGAAGAAGCCUCUGGGGACUUCAUGACUCGUACUUCAGGCAGCAUGAAAGUAAUGACAAGUCCCUUAAAUGGAAAUUGCACUAGCAAAAAAUGUUAACAUUUUAUUAAGUGGGGCUGGCCUCUUAAUAAAUCUGGUGCAUCAGGCUACAAGCCUCAGUAAUAAUGAACUGGCGUAAAUUAUAGUAAAUGUAAAGCUUUUGGAUUGGGGUCAAGGAACUUUACACUUUUAUUCUUUUUCUGUGGAUUUUUCAAAUGGGCCUCAGCAAAGCUUUCUUUCCUGAGAGUGAGAGAUGUGGCUAAGUGCACGAAAGGUAAAAACAAGUUGUUACUGAUAAAACUCUAGGUUCUCAUACAUCGAUGACUUUUAGGAACCUGGCCUCUCAAGUGUCAGGAGAUGAAGUAAAUAUUUUGCAGGAUAUUUUCAUGUGUAGUAAGAGAGAGGUUCCUGACAUAAAUUUGUAGUCAGAGAGAGGUUCCCAACAUAAAUAUGUAGUCAGAGAGAGGUUCCCAACAUAAAUAUGUAGUCAGAGAGAGG